AUGUUGAAACAAGUAAAGGAAGAUAAAGCUCUGAUCGGACAUCGUCCUGACGGACAUAGUCCUGAGAGCAUUGCUAUGAUAAAACAUAAAGAAGUGAAAGAAUUUCUGAACACCCUGUCAACCUACCAACUACAUAAACCGGGCAUUAAGAAAUUUACCUUUAGAGAGACAAUGGUAUCUUACAUCGACCAACAAUGGCAAGCCGACCUGGUUGACAUGCAGAAGUUUGAGAGCAAAAACAAAGGAUACAGAUAUAUAUUAACAGUAAUAGAUUUAUUCAGUCGUUACGCCUGGGCCGUACCAGUGAAGAGUAAGAGAGGAGAAGAAAUAAGAGAUGCAUUUAAAGUGAUCUUCAGAGAAGCAAAGCCGGUUGCGACGAUACCGGAAAAGAUCAAAUUGGAUGAUGGUACUGAGUUCUACAACAAACACUUCAAGGAAUUCUUAACAGAAAACAACAUAGAAUGGUUCUCUGCAUUUUCGAGUAAGAAGGCAGUUGUAGUAGAAAGAAUUAACAGAACUUUAAAGGAUAACAUGUGGAAGUUUUUUACUGCUGAGGAGACAGACAAGUGGAUUGACCUGUUAGAUGACUUGGUCAGUGGUUACAACAACUCGUUUCACUAUGAGUAUAGGUAUAUAGGUAUGAAACCAGUAGAUGCUAGAAAGAUUGAAAACGAAGGAGCGUUAUGGUACAACCUUUACGGACUUCACCUCAAAGAAACCUUCGCUGAUCCAAAGUACAAAGUAGGUGACUGUGUAAGAAUUUCAAAGUACAAGUCUUUUUUCGGCAAAGGUUAUCUUCCCAACUACACUGAGGAAGUAUUCCAAAUCAAACAGAUCAUCUUCACUCAUCUUAUCGUCUACAAGCUUGGAGAUUAUCACAAAGAGGAAAUUCAAAGAUACUUCUACGAACAGGAAUUCUGUUACAUUCCUGAUCCUGACCAACUAGAGUACAAGAUCGAUAAGAUAAUAAGCUACAAGACCAGUAAAGAUAAGAAAUAUGGAUUAGUGAAGUGGAAGGGUCACAGUGACAAAUUCAAUGAGUGGUUACCAGUUUCUGAGAUAAAAUUUCUGAAAGUUAUAAGGACCAGUGUGUUCGAGCUUUGUGACAAAGUCAGGUUAUGCAUUUUGUUUAUGUUGCUCUGA